AUUAUCCAGCCGUACACCUAUUUGAAAACGCAGACAAGGGGCAAGGGAUUUCGAAACCACCUACUCGAAGUUUUCAAUAUCUACUACUGUGUAUCAGUGGAGGAGUUGGAAAUCAUACAGGAUUUCAUCGACAUUCUACACAACUCCAGUUUACUUGUGGAUGACGUGGAGGACGACGGAACGGUUCGCCGGGGCAAAACGUGUGCUCAUCGCAUAUACGGGGUGGCUCACACAAUCAACGCUGGGAACCUAAUGUAUUUCAAGGCGUGGGAGAAGUUGAUGGAGUUGCCGGUUGAAGGACUCAGCAAGAUUUUUGUGGACAGCAUGAUCAAGUUGCAUAUUGGACAGGGCACGGAGCUCUGUUGGCGAAAUGCCAAGGAGUGUCCCAGUGAAGAGGAGUACCUGCAGAUGGUAGUCGGCAAGACGGGCGAGUUGUUCAGGCUAGGGGUGCGAGUGAUGGCCUGUGUGCAGGAAAGCAGGGUCGGGUCCAAAAGGCCAAACAAUGACCCAGUGACUGGUCUUCUUGAACAGUACUGCGAUAUACUUGGGAUGAUCUACCAGAUCAAGAACGACCUAGAAAACUUGCAGUAUGAAGAGCAUGCAGCCGCAGAAGGCCUGGACACGGAGGUCUUUGCGCACGACUUGAAGGAACGAAAGUAUUCGUUACCGAUACUUUACUGGCUAAGGAGGAAAGGAUCGUCG